UAUAAUUUAAGUAAUCAUUUCUCCUAGAUUUGCAUUGACUUACUAGUUAAGUCGUGGUCUAUUUGAGCCUAUAUAUUGGCAUUCAAUCAAAAGCUUGUCUUGGAGAUUCAUUUGCAUCAGCCGAAGGCAAGAAUCACACAAGACUCGGUUGGACGAUUUGCAGCAAAUAGUAGCAUGGGGCAACUCCAUAAUUUGAUGCUUCUGCUGCCGUGCCUGAUCUUCUCUACGCUACUGCGCACAGAGGCGAUGAGUGUAGCUCCAGUGAAAGUGAGCACCACACCCAUCUUCCCCACAAUCCCAAGAGGUCAGACGAACAAGGACUUCCAGGUGCUACUGCGCGUCGAGGCGCCGCCGGCGGCCGAUCUCAACAGCCAUGUCCCCUUAGACGUAGUCGCGGUGCUUGAUGUCAGCGGCAGCAUGAAUGAUCCGGUGGCGGCGGCGUCGCCGAAGAGCAAUCUGCAGGGGUCGAGGUUGGAUGUGCUCAAGGCGUCCAUGAAGUUUGUCAUCAGGAAGCUUGCUGAUGGUGAUCGCCUCUCCAUCGUGGCGUUUAACGAUGGACCCGUCAAGGAAUAUAGCUCCGGCUUGUUGGAUGUUUCCGGCGAUGGCCGGAGCAUCGCCGGAAAAAAGAUUGACCGGCUUCAGGCCCGUGGUGGCACUGCGCUUAUGCCAGCCCUGGAGGAGGCCGUCAAGAUCCUUGAUGAGCGGCAAGGCAGCAGCCGGAACCACGUAGGGUUCAUCCUCCUCCUCACCGACGGCGACGACACGACCGGAUUCCGGUGGACCCGCGACGCCAUCCAUGGCGCCGUCUUCAAGUACCCCGUCCACACCUUCGGCCUGGGCGCGUCCCACGACCCGGAGGCGCUGCUCCACAUCGCGCAAGGAUCGCGCGGCACCUACUCCUUCGUCGACGACGACAACCUCGCCAACAUCGCCGGCGCCCUCGCCGUGUGCCUUGGCGGGCUCAAGACCGUCGCCGCCGUCGACACGCGCGUCAGCCUCAAGGCCGCCGAGCUAAGCGGCGGCGGCGCGCGGAUAGUGCGCGUAGACUCCGGCGGCUACGAGAGCAGCGUUGCUUGCGGCGGGGCCUCCGGUGAGGUCGUCGUCGGCGUGCUCUACACCGGCGAGGUGAAGAACUUCGUCGUCCACCUCCACGUGCCGGCUGCUUCGUCGACGACCUUGACCUUCUCGUCGGUGGAGUGCGGCGGCUACUACGACGCCGCCACGGUCUGCGACCACUGCCAUCACCGUCACCAGCAGCAGCUGCUCGCCGUCGGCUACUCGUACAGCCACGCUCCGGGCGCCGCCUCUGCAGCGGUGUCCGUCGAAGGGCACGGCGUGUUCGUCGAGAGGCCCGAGGUGGCGGCCGUCUUCGUCUCCGUCGACGGCGUCGGCGUCGGCGGCGGCCGACAGCGACAAAUCCCCCUCCCCUCCCCCGUCGUGAUGCAGCACAUGGUCCGGUUCGAGCUGCUGGAGCUCGUCGCCGGCUUCGCGGAAGCCGAGAUGGCGUCGAAGCCGGCGGCGACGACGACGCAGCCGCGCGCCGCCGACGUGCUGCAGGGCAAGUGGGAGGAGUUCCGGCGAGCCCGGCAGUUCUGGGGCGGCGUCGAGCUGGACGGCGUGGAGAAGGAGGUGGACGCCAUGGUGGCCAGCCUCAGGAGCGGGCUAGCCUACGUCAGCUCGUGGGUGUCGAGCCACCAGAUGCAGCGCGCCACCGCCAUGGGCUCGCCGGAGAAGGUGGUGGCCGAGUUCAUGACUCCGGCGAUGGUGAUCAUUGUGGAGGAGGCGCGGAAGCUACCGCCACCACCGCCGCCGCCGCCGGCAGCUGCUGAGGCGGCGAGAGAGAGGCCCAGCGGCUGCGAUGGCGGCGACGAUAUCCAUCACGUGAUCCGGCAGCGGCUUGAGCUGUGGUCAAAGGUGAGACGCGAGGUGCCGCUCAUGUACCAGCCGUCGCCGGAGCAGGAAGACGUCCAGCUGACCGCCGUGUUCCGGGAGGCGUCGCUGGAGGCCAUCGACCGAGCAAUGCACCACGACAUCUACCUGGCCGUUGUGCACGUGAGCAACCAGAGGCGAUGCUAGAUUGCUGGCCACGGCGAUCCGGCGCCAGAAGUGGAAUUAGCCGAUGAAGCAGCUUGCAAGCAUAAUGCUUGUUAGCUAUAUAAUUAAUCUUAUAAGUAUUUUGCCAUAUGCAUGUCUAUUGCGUUGAUUUGCAUGUAUUGAACAAGUGUAUGAGCUUUGCCUAUGUUGCUAGCUCGUAGAGAUCAAUCGAUCUGUGUGUAUGCAUCACGAGAUUAUGUACUGGAGAGCAGAGAGCUAGUAAUAUCCGGCAGUCGUGUGAGUUGUGCCGUUGCCGUUGGCGGCAAGAGCAAGCUGGCGGAUCUGCUCAUUUUCCAUUACUGUAUCCAUUUUCCUUCUCAAUAAAUAAUAUUAUCUCGUGAUCGAUUAUCCUACCAGCA